AUGCAAUUCAAAUUCCUUGCGUCUGCUCUCGCCAUUGCUGCCAGCCUUGCUGCCGCCACAGACCUCCCCGCGAGCCAGUGCAACACGGGUGGCCUUCAGUGCUGCCAGAGCACGGGGACUGCCAGCGACCCCUCCAUCGCGAAGGUCCUCGGUCUUGUCGGUGUCGUCGUCCAAGACGUCACCGCCAUUGUGGGCCUUACUUGUGACCCUAUUAGUGUCAUCGGUGUCGGAGGGAACUCCUGCACCGCCCAACCGGUCUGCUGCACCAACAACUCGUUCAAGGGUCUUGUCGCCCUCGGCUGUACCCCCGUCAACAUCAACCUCUAG